UUGACAACGAAUGACGCGGCAUCUAUAGGGUUCUUUUUACUCUCGUUCAUUUUGAAAACUAUGCAAGCGGCGUCGGUCGCAUGUAGUUAUAGUAACUAACUGACUUACCUAAGUUGUUGUUUUUUUAGAAUUCGCCCAAAACUGUAAAUUUUGCAAAUAAAAAGCUUUCAAGUGUCAAAACGGUGAAAGUUAACGGAAUCGUCGUUGUUCUUAUGACAUUUCGAAUGACAGCAAAUUUUUAUAAAUAAACAAACUAUGACAUUUGAGUGCCGUCGGCAAGUAUCGGCAUUUUUUUACAAACAACAAAAUUAUUCUUAAAAACGGAUUUAACUCCGAUGCGGUUUAGCGUGUUCGAUAAAUGACAACGUUAGCAACGUCUCGUCUUUUGUUGCCACCGCCGCCACAAUUGUUGCCCAUUUUGUCCGCCGCCGCAGCGUUGUCGUCGGAAACGUUGGCGCACAAAAUGCAUCCCGAUAAAUUGUUGAUGCACGCGCAUGGAGUGACAAGUCCACGAUUGUGUCCCACCGGUCAGUUGGUCAAAGCAACACCACCACCAUCCGUCUCAAGUGACAGUCCGUUGCAAUAUCCGCCGACAAUUGCCGAUGACGAUGAACUGACAGGUGACAUGAAUGACGAAGUGGCAAGUGUGUGUGACAGUGAAGAUAGUGAGCUGUCAGUUGGACAGGAAAACUGUGAUAGAAGUAAUAAUUUGAUAUCAUCUGCUGAUAGUGGGUGUGUAUCACGACCCUCAUCGGCUAACGGAAUCGGAAAUACCCGUCUAACGGACGAACUAAUCGAUCCAUUUGCAAUGGCCGCCCUUCGGAUACCUGCUGCAGUAGCAGCCUCAAGUGUGCCUAUUGUGAGACCCAGUCCAACACGCUUCCAAGAGGAAUUCUUGAGAAAAUCGCACAUCUACGCCGAGGAAUUAAUGAAGCAACAAAUGCAAUUUAUGGCAGCAGCGCGAGCAAGUGCGUUUUCUCUGCGACAUCAGUCCAGCGCAGCAUCCGCUGCUGCCGCCUCCGAACAAACAACGGAAAAUAUUAAUAAUUUUUCCGGAAUUCAUUCACAUUUGUCAGCGAUAUCGAAAAUGACACAAAUGUCCCAGAUGGCAGCCCAAAAUGGCGGCGAAUCAGCUCUAAGCAAAUUGACCGCAUUCGGAUUGGUCGCGCAAUCCGCUUCGAAUUCGUCAACGUCGAGCUUAAAUCAGCUGCAACAGCAAAUGCAAGCACAUCUGCCCUUUAUGAACAAUAACAUGCAUGAGCCCAGUUUAAAGUUUAGCAUAGACAAUAUUUUGAAAGCUGAUUUCGGACGUCGCAUUACCGAUCCGCUGAAUAAGCUCGGUGGGGGUGGUAAUGGUGGAGCGGGUGGCUCUUCGCGAGCAAGAAAUAGUAAGAGGGUGGAUAAAAGCUUAUCGUCGUCCUCAGCAACUAGUGCCAAAGUGGUCAGUGGCGUCGGUAAUGCAGUUGCGACGUCGUCGUCGUCGUCGACAACUGGUACGCCAAUAGAUCUGACAAGCGUUUGUAGCAAUGCGGCUUCCAUUGCCGCUUCGGCUACCUCAUCGCUAAUUAGCAAUCAUUGCACCAAUAGCAACGAUUCCACAAGUACAGUAUUCAGCAGUAACUACAGUACCCCAGUUAAGUCGCCGACAAGUGCGUCCAGUGCGACGACAACUGCUGCUUCACCGUCGGAAACAGCAGGGGCUGAUAAUUCAGCAGAAGCAUGUGGCAGCGGGAAUGCCAGCACGAGUUCGGGCAGCGGCAGCGGCACCGGAUCAAACGGACCAAUUGUCUGGCCAGCGUGGGUUUACUGCACUCGAUAUAGUGAUCGACCUAGUUCAGGUUAG